AUGGCCUACCCUGAUGUCUACCGCCCUUUAGCCCCCCAGAACAUCCGUGUCUUUGAGCUCGACCCGGCGCAGUCACCGUCCGAUCCCAUCGUCGGCCGGCUAGCCCCACAGCCUAUCGAUGGCGAGGCCUAUGAAGCGGUCUCGUAUGUCUGGGGCAACACCAAGAACCGUCGCACCAUCACCAUCGACGGCGCUACGCUGUCGGUGACGGCCAGUCUGCACGGGUCUCUUACAGCAUUUCGGAAUUAUAGCGUUGUAGCCUCUGAGGACGACGAUAAUGCGGGUGAAAAGAAACCAGUAGCGAAACGACGCAGACUCUGGGCUGACGCGUUGUGUAUCAACCAAGACGAUCUCUCGGAACGGACGUCGCAGGUUGAGCUGAUGGCGCAGAUCUUUGCCGGGGCGGAGCGCGUGUUGGCGUGGCUGGGAUGGGAAGAAGGUGAGGAAGGACGACAACACACACGCGAUGCGAUCCGGUUUGUGCAUACUUUUAUGGAGGAUCCCGUGCGCGGGUUGAGCGACGCCAGGGUGCUUUUGCAUCAUGCGGGGGAUGAUGAUGAGGGGAAGAUUCGGUAUGAAGAGCAGGAACGUCACUGGGCGGCUGUGAAGUUCUUUUUUGAGAUUGAGUACUUCCACCGGACAUGGAUUGUGCAAGAACUCGGUCUCGCGCGCGAGGCCAUCUUACACACAGCUCUUCGCGAAUCGGCAAACGCAAACACGGCCCUGGAAAUGGACACCGUCGACUGGCCCCUCGUCGGCCAAUUCGUACGCUUCCUCGACUACCGUGGCGCCUCGCUCGUGACCCACCUCGGCCUGAUGUCCUGGGUGCCGCACCACAUCCUCAUGGUCUGGGAAACCAAGCCUGACGGGACGCCUGACUGUGACUUUCUCACGGGCAUGCACUGGACGCGGAUCCUAGGCGUGACUGAUGCCCGGGAUCGGGUGUUCGGUCUGCUGGGCCACCCACUAGCUGUGAUGGACGGGCAGUUGGUGAUUCACCCGGAUUACACGGUCACCAGGGGGGUGGUGUAUACCAAGCUGGCAGCCCAGUUCAUCAACAAGACGAACAAUCUGUACGUCGUCAACUUGGUUGACCACGAGACAGAUCCGAGCCUUCAACCGAGGUCUUGGGACCCCGACGACGCGGGGAGAAUGCCCUCCUGGGUACCCGACUGGCAUAGCAUCAACCGCACGACCCCGCUCGACUACACCAUAUCUGCGGCGCCUUUAGAGGACGGCAACAUCCAGAUCGUCGACCCAACUACCGGUGACGAAUCCCACGUAAACACCAUCGGACAACCCAGCACCCCGCUUCCACAGCUCCUCGUCUACGGCUCCAUCGUUGACACCAUCGCCUCGGUGUCUACACGCAUGGAAACCACCGAUUUCCCCAUCACCCACCUCGCCCGCGAGCGCGCCAAGACCAACCCCUUCUGGCUGGACCGCAUCUGGACCGAAGUGCUUUGGUCACGUUCUUCUUCCGGUGAAUCCGGGCUGGGAAAAGAUGACGACGACGCCCAAGCCGCGCUGGAAUUACUUGAAUCCCUGUCCCUGGCUCUUCCACUGGGUACGAUGGAGCCAGACGAGCCGCGAAGCAAAGUCGGUCCUCGACACACACGGGAAGAAAAUGACCGGUCGUUUGCGGCCUACGUGCUGGCGUAUCAUGAGUUGUGGGUAAAAGCCAAGGCAGCGGGGGAACAGCUUGAGUCCAACGCAGGCGAUAACAACGACAAAGAUAAUGGCAUUGAGGAACAAGACGAUAAACCUGAUACCCCAGCAACCGGGGGCCGGUCUGCGUCAUCCUCUUACAUACCCACCUCCUCCCUGCUCACCACUCUCCCCCAAAUAGCCCAAUCCGAACUCCGCCGUCGUGCCGAGAACUCAUCACCCCAAGACUUCAUCGAGUCCAUGACCUGGCCGUCCAUGUGCCGCGUCAUCUACCGCACGACGUCAGGACUAGUGGGGAUGGGAUCACGCGUCACGCGGCCGGGGGAUCUGGUCUGUCGGGUGCGUGGGUCGGGGGUGUUGAUGACUGUGAGGCCGGGGGACGGGAAUGGACAGUCAGGAGGGUUAGGGGAGGGACUUGAUGAGGCUGGUGGUGGUGGUUUGGAAGGGAAGAGGGAAGUGAGAGGUGCGUUUAUUGGGCCGACGGUCGUGCCUGCGAGGAUGGAAAGGGGGAAGUGGGAGGACCAGGAACAGGCGGUGCGUUUUCGUUUGGUGUAA